AUGGAUGCGUCAGUCAAUGGUGAGCUAUCAGAGCAUCCACUGGUGUCAAUUGUGAAGAACUCACCUGUGUGGGACAUGAUUGAAUCACUGGACGUUUUCCAAAAAAUGCCCCAGAAACCACAUUUCAAUCCUUUGAUCAAAUGCAAAGAGAUUGAACGUGAAGGAUAUGCAAUUGGAAAGAUGGUGCAGUUUGCCACAGUGGUUGAGAAGACUUCUGGGUUGCAACUGGGUAACCCUAUUAAUGUUUUCGAUAGCUAUUUGAAAACUCUUGCUGACCUGAAAAGAUAUGGAUUUGACGUCGAGGUAGUAGUUUAUCGUAUUAAUUGUCUGUUGUCAAUCAAAGAAAGCCAAGUACAACUUCAGAGUACAUCAAAAGAAGUUGAGACUCAGAUUUUAAAGAGUACUUGUGAGAGGAUCAAAUUGGAAGAAGAUAUCGAGGCAAUCAACAAGAAGAUACGUGAACUAGAAGAGGAACGAGGAUUGGCCUUGUCAAAGAAGGAGAGCAAAGAUUCAGAGAUUACUAGCUUGCAAAUGCAAUCCAGGGGUAUCAGUGCAGACAUUUCAAAGGCUAUUCUUGAUUUUGAAAAUCAAGCUACUGCCUCUUGGCAUGUUGAAUUCAGAGCCAAAAUGAAACCUUACAUAGCCAUGUCCAGCAGACCUCAUAAUGGAGUCUUACGCGAAGAGAACAACGUAGCUGGAGCAUAUAGAGCUCUUAAUCAGGAAGGACAACAAAUGCUUGAUAUCAGAAAUAACAGGACUGAUCUCCCAAUCUGGAACCUAGUUAGAAUGAUGGCUGACAUUACAGCAUCAUCAGAUCCAAUCGCGAUGGGGCAAGGACUAAGAUUAGGAGCAAAAUGCAGGGCUUCCCCAAUUGCCAUUUAG